GCUGUUGCUGCGGCGGGCUUGACGCCGGCGGUAAAGUUGAGGAGGGCGGCGAGUCAAACGAGUGGCAGGCACUGGGAGGGAAGCGGAGGCGUCCGAACACGUUAAACCCACCGCGUCUUUCCGUUGAUACACCACUUUCCUCCGGGGACGGGGAGGCGGCGAAACAUGGCCGCUCUGUCAGCCUGGUUCUGGAACGAGAGGUUCUGGCUGCCGCACAACGUAACCUGGGCGGAUCUGGCGAACCCCCCUCCCGGGAAGGAGUAUCCCAAGCCUGGACACUUGUUGGCCGCCUUGCCGCUGGCUCUGGGGAUUUUCGUCGUCAGGAUCCUCUUCGAGAGAUUUAUUGCCAGCGCCUGCGCCCGACGUCUCCACAUCCAGCCGGGCGGCGGACGGAGAGCCCAGCCCAACGUGCUGCUGGAGAAAGUCUUCACCUCCAUCACAAAGAAUCCAGACUCUCGCCAUCUGGAUGGCCUGUCCAAGCAGCUGGACUGGGAGGUGCGAAAGGUCCAGCGCUGGUUCCGGCACCGCAGGAAUCAAGACAAACCCAGCACACACACCAAGUUCUGCGAGAGCAUGUGGAGAUUUUCAUUUUAUUUGGGCAUAUUUAUUUAUGGGUUGCAGUUUCUGUGGCAGUCUCCGUGGAUGUGGGAUACGCGGCAUUGUUGGUACGGUUACCCCUAUCAGAUUAUGACUCCAGGGCUUUAUCACUACUAUGUGACUGAGCUGGCCUUCUACUGGUCACUUAUGUUUUCCCAGUUCAGGGACAUAAAAAGGAAGGACUUCCUCAUCAUGUUCAUCCAUCACCUGGCAACUGUGAGCCUCAUUAGCUUUUCCUACGCCAACAACAUGGCCCGUGUGGGGAGCCUCGUGCUGUGUGUCCACGACGCCUCCGAUUUCCUGCUCGAGGCAGCCAAGAUGGCAAACUACGCCAAAUGCCAGCGGCUGUGUGACUUCCUCUUCAUUUUGUUCAGUGGGGUUUUCUAUGUCACACGGCUUUUUAUAUUUCCAGUAUGGAUCCUGAACUCUACUAUGUUUGAGAGCUGGGCCAUCGUGGGACCCUAUCCUUCCUGGUGGCUCUUCAACGUCCUGCUGCUUCUCCUCCAAGUGCUGCACAUCUUCUGGUCUUACCUCAUAUCCCGCAUAGCUUACAAAGCCAUAAUGCGAGGAAAGACGCGGUUUAUUUCCUCUCCCUCCUUUCUUGCUCCUCUGCGUCUGCUCUGUCUGCUUGACAACUUUGCCGUCCCUCUGUGUGCCGCUGUGUGCAACGACGUCCGCAGCGACGUCGAGAGCAGCUCAGAAGAAGAGCGCAACGCCACGGAAGGCCUCAGGGCCUCCAAGGGAGAGAACGGCACCAACGGCCACUGCGCCCCAGCCAGAGCCCGAACGCAGAACCACUGCAGCUGGUGACGAGGAGCCGGGAGCGCCGCCUGCAGUUCCCUCCUUCACAGCCUCUCCAAGAGCUUUGUCUGCCUGACCUGCGAGGCUCCCUCCCUCAUCCAGCUAGAUUAACACUGACAGCACUGAUUCACGUCUGAGCCGGUGACUGCAUCAGCCGCGGGACUCCACAGACGACGUGGAAGUCGAAUCAAACGUGAUUUGCAUAGCCUUAUUUUUUGCAGGCGUUGGGAUUGAGUGUGACUGCAGAGAUUGGUCGGUUUUAAACGUUCUCUCCCAGUUUUAUUGGUCAGAUGAACUUAGUUUUGGUUUUUUUUGUCUUGAAGGUUUUAUUCACAGCCGUUGGCACAAAGCUGACACGCCUCAUCGGACGAGAGGAAAACAUGUUUAAAGCAGAAGUUUGCGGUUCUGCAUGAAGCUGUGGAUCAAUCCUUCAACCACAACGUUUGGCUAUUUUGUGACUCGUUUUACUGUUUUUACUACUUCUUCCAAGACCGAACGUGUAUGGAGUCGUCACUGCCGUUAGAAAACCAGGUUUGAGGACCAUGAAAAAGAACCGUUUGUUCUCACUCUAGUGCUUUGUACAAAGUAUUUUAAAAUAUAUACUCUGUUGUUUGA